UCGAUGCAUGUGUGAAUGCGCUAUGCGCAGCUAGCUAGCUAGCGCCACAUAGAAAUUUUGUACACAGAAGAAAAUAACCUACUCUAGCUCUGGAUCUUGAGUAAAAAAAAAAUCAGACUUUUUUACUCCGGAAUUCAGCGGUCAUUUCCCACCAUUCCAAUGCCUUGAAGUCAGGAAGACUACCCCACACGCUUUUCCAGUUAUCUACCGGAUUGUUCUGGGCGUAUGUGACCACAUCUUCUGGCGGAAUUAAGUCUGAAAUUCUGAGGAAAAUUCUCGUCAGUUUUGUUGUUUGUUCCCCACGUCGUACGGAGCGGCAGUGUGAUCGUCUGCCGCUCGCACCGGUACGGGUACCGUGGUUCGUGACGUGCUUUCGGCCUGAUUCAAUCACCAUUGGACAAUACACACAAAACUCGCUGGGGAAUUCGUACGACUCGCUUCGCAUCAUGGCGCUUUCCCUGGAUUUUAUCCUCUCGGUGGGGACGAUUUUGACUGUGUUUUCGGGAUUUUCGACUGCCCUUUCUGGACAAAAUGGAUGUGCCGAUGUCAGAGACGCUUAUCAGAAUAAGGGAUUUAGUACAAAUGAAGUCCCGGAUUUUGCAGUUUCGGGGGAUCAUCUCAGAAUAUGUCAGAAAAGUUUCACCUGUUGCACAGCGGACAUGGAGGAGAAACUCAGCCAGACCAGCAGCACAGAUUUUAGAGAUAUAGUUUACCAAAAGAGCAGCACGAGUAGAGAUUACUUUGUCCGAAGGGCGGAGCGAUUCGAUAAUUUUUUCAAAGAGUUGAUAGACAGGGGUCAAGCCGACCUACGGCGCAUGUUUACAGAAACCUAUGGGUCGCUAUACCAACAGAACUCUGAGUUCUUUGACGAGCUCUUUGAGAACUUUCGGCGCUACUACCACGGCAGCGACUUGGACCUCGCGGACACCAUGCAGGACUUCUUCACGGAGCUGCUCCAGCGCAUGUUUGUCCUGCUCAACUCCAAUUAUGAGUACAGCGAGGACUUUUGGGAAUGCGUGGCCGAGCACACGGACGACCUGGAGCCGUUUGGCGACGUUCCCAACAAGCUGACCUCACACAUCAAGCGGGCGUUCAUCGUGGCGCGGACGUUCGUCCAGGGCCUGGUGGUCGGCCGGGAAGUUCUUUCUCAAGUCUCGGAGGUAACACCGACGGAAGAGUGCCAGAAGUCGUUGAUGCGCAUGUCCUACUGCCCCCACUGUCGAGGCCUACCCAGCACCAAGCCAUGCUACAACCUGUGCCUGAAUACGCUCAAGGGGUGCCUGGCCGAACAGGCCGAGCUAGACGCUGCCUGGAACAAUUACAUAGAUGCCAUGUUGUCACUGGUAGACCGUCUAGAGGGACCGGUGAACAUUGAGGUUGUCAUGGAACCCAUUGACAUUCGGAUCUCGGAGGCCAUCAUGAACAUGCAGGAAAACGCUAUUACAGUCACAAACAAGGUUUUCACUGGCUGUGGUAAGCCCCGCCUCAAACCGCGCCUCACAAAGCGAGAAGCAGACACCGAUGAGGCUGCAGCUCCUGUGGCAGAUAUCGCCGUACCGGUAGGUGCUGUUGAUGAUGAUAUUCAAAUCGACGAAGCCGCUGCAGGCGAACAAGAGCCCGAGGAGGAACGUGAAGCCGCUGGUGAACGUCCUGCCGACGAUGAACGCGAGGCCGCGGAGCAGGAACGCACAGCUGCUGGCCAGCGUGGCAGCAGCCAACGCGCCCCCAGCAACCGGAGGCAAAGACAGCGAGGCAGGGGCCAAGACAGGGGCAGUCCCAGCCGCACCACGGCGACAGACACCACCCCGACCAUGGAGAAACUGGUCAGGGACGUCCGCAGCAAUAUCCGGGACACCAAGGGGUUCUGGACGCUGCUGCCCUACAUGUUCUGUGAUGAUGUGGCGGCUGACGUGACCGUCAACGAUUUGUGUUGGAAUGGGCACUCUAAGGGCAGUUACAUACACCCUCCGGUUGGUAACGGCAUAGCCAAUCAGGUGGAUAACCCAGAGGUUCCCAUGGAGACGUCUCCGCCCAACUUCCUCAUCAACAAACACAUCACUGCCCUGCGGACCAUCACCAGUCGGCUGAACGGAGCGUUUAAUGGCGAAGACGUAGAAUGGGUCGACACUGGCACCGGCAGUGGCUCGGGGAGUGGGAGUGGUUCUGGCGACACGGAGGAGGGCGGGAACGGAGGAGGCAACGGGAAUAUCGGAGGCAACGGGAAUAACGAGGUGGGCUUCACGGAGGUGGAAGAUCCAAAAUAUCGACCGACCCGGAAACCCCAAGGCGACGGUGCCACGUCGUUACACGUCAGUUAUGCAAGUCGAUGGCUACUCUGUGUGUGUGCAACCACCAUUUUUACCUUGCGUUUGUUGUGGUAGUAACAGGGUACAUAUCUGUCGAUUGCUUGUUGUUGUUUUUUUUUAGUUUUUUUUUUUUGGGGGGGGGGGAAUUUCAAAAUGCAGUCAAACUUGGGCAGGGUUCAGCUGAUACCAUGAUGUUUUGUACGAUAGGAUUCACAGACCAAUUUUGAGCAACUCCGUCGGCUUGGAAAAAAGUUACCAAAAAAAAACUAAAAAAAAAGUGUAGCAUCAAACAGUAUCAGAAGUAAUGUUUAUUUCCGAAGUUGUCUCGUUGUUGUCAUGAUGUCAUGUUUUAUGAUGAUGUCAGUUAAUGCAUAACGCCCAUUUCAUGUUUCAAUAUGUGCCAAUACAAAAGGAUAUGCGUCUGAGAAUUUGAAUACUUUUUGUAUCCGGUUGUCUUAAGGUUUAAACUCAAUUUGAGUGAUAAUUUACUCCAAAUAGUUUCAAACGUAAGAUAUUUGCUGCUUAACCUACAUUAGUACUUACCUUCACAGACUGAGUGCAUGUGAAAUAGAUGUUUUAACCUGGAGGAAAUAUCUAGUUAAAAGUACAAAACAAAUAAUUUCAUACUCUUAAAAAGGGUCCCUUUUGUAAAGAAACAAAAAUGCUUUUUAUAAGAAGUAAAAUGCUGCAUUUAUAAUGUGUAUGCAUUUUAAGUAAUACUUUUCGGCAUUUUUAAGACAUGUUGACCAAUUUAAAUCAUUAUGAAUAGAUCUAAAAGAAUUUUUUUUGGGGGAGGGGGGUUUCUUGGACAAAUUAUGAGAUGUGAUUUUUUUGUUUGUAUUUUUUUUUUGGGGGGGGGAGUAUUAUUUAAUUCUCCCUAAUUCUCCCUCUUCAUCGUAACAUGUUUGAUUAAGGAGAAUUUAAAAUCAGUCAAGCCAUAGUUAUCAGUCCAACUGUUUUUUUUAUUUUUUUUAAUCUCAAUUUUUUUUUUUUUUUUUAAUCUCAAUCAAAGUUAUGUACAUGUAAUUGUUUUUACACGAUCAUUUUUAUAAUGUGUGUUUGUUCCUAUUAUGUAUUAAUUACAGCGAUUGUUUUUUUAAAAAUAUGUAACAUUAAACAACAUAAGCAGUGUAAGCGUGUUGUACAUGAAUGCUUUUAAUCUUAAGGCAAAAUGGAACAAAGUUGCCAAACUAUUUUUUGUGUCGGAAACGAAAAACUCAUCGCAUAUCUACAAUUGAAAGCUGGAGAUACUUGAGUAUUAAAUAUUAAUGAGUGCGAGCGCUUAUUUAACAUUCUAGUCAUAGAAAAACAAUUCCGAGAAGGACUAAUUUUAGGAAUCAUUAGAUAUUGUGUACAUUUCAAGUUAAAAAUCAUUUUUGAUGUAUAUUAUUGUAUGAUGUACAUUAGUUUGAAUGAAGAUUGUUUUACCAGAAUUGUCGAAACUCCAUAAAAUUAAACGGGGAAAACAUUCUUAGAGGGAUACAGAUUAUACAGAUUAUUCCGAUUUCUUUUGGGAAUUCGUCGAUUUUUUUUUUGAGAAAGUGGUUGUUUACAACAGUUCCAAAUAUUCAAAUGAUACUUGUUUCACUUUUAGUACAAAGAAAUGUUUUGUUUGUUUGUUUGUUUUUUGUUGUUUUUUUGCGUAAAGGCAGUCGAGAAGCUGGUGAUUUUUCUUUUUCAAAGCAGUACACCUUCACUACCAAUUUGUCGGAGUUUGCAUUCGAAAAAGGAAUUUUUUAUUUUAAUCCACGUUUGUCCAAAUGGAUUUCUGUAAGAAUUCAUUAUUUACCUCACUUGACCCUUAUUUAUUGGACAGAUUUUUCUUGUUGAAGACAAUUCACUUUAUUUUAUAUAGAAAUAUAAGUAAAAAUUGAUUUAAAGUGAAAACCACUUACAUAUGGACUUGUUUGAAACCAAAGCUAUGCAAAUUAUGCAUGCCAUCAUGUCACUGUUUAUGGUUUAAAUUUUGAGUAGCUGUUUUUGUACUUUUGUAUUGUUUUAAUUUGUUUUUCCCUCAGUAUUGUACAUGUAGAAUUCUCAAAAGGUGCACGUGUAACAUGCUGUGACUUUAGUGAUUGUUGUUUUAACCUCCUGUUUAUGAACAUUUCUUCUGGUCGCAAAACUUUUGGAGAGAGUUGAGGCGAUUAUCCAAAACAACAACAACAACAAAAACCCCAAAAACACAACCAUGCAACUUGUAUGGACGAAAACAAUAUAACCGCAGGUUAUAGAAGUCACUUGUUUUUAAUAAGCUCUUUCCAUGUUUUCAGUUAUAAGCUGGCCUCUUGAGCUAGACAGAAACAAGUAGAAUGAAAUGUGACAGUUCUCGUUUUAAGGCGUUUUUUUUUAACGUACACUACCUGUAGAGUUAGAAUACCUCAUGUCGACGUUUUAUCAAAAUGAAGUACUUUUAAGCAGACAUGUUUUAGCGGUCGCUGGGUUGUUAUGCAGAGUAUUUCAUCGAGUUGUAUUAAACUGAUAAUAGCUAAAACAAGAAGACGAGAAAAGAUGGACCAUAAGAUGUGGUUUAAAAAAAAUGUGAAUAUGUACAGCGCUAAAGAUGUUGAAUAAUGAGGAUAAAAGGAGAGCGAUGUGGUGAGACAGCGUGAGUUAGAGUGAGUGUUGCUAAUAAUGAAGAGAUCAAUCUCUGUAUUUUAAACAAAAAACAUGAUGACUUGUAACUAUUUACUACUUAAAAAACUUUAAACUAAAAAAAAAUGUGUAAAAGUAAGAUUUUUUUGUAUUGAGCUAGCUGCUGUAGAAAGAUUAGUUUUGUGUAACUUAUUCAAAGUUUGGAAGUAUGCGUAUCUGAUGAUGUUUUUUUUGGGGGGGGGGGGGGGUUGUAUCAAACAGAAAAAAUAUAGAGCCUUUACUUUUGUGAAUGAGUUAAAAGAGAACAAAAGAAGUGAAACCAAAAAGAAUACCUCAAAAAUCCCCAGGCAAUGGGAAAAUUAAAAACCUGCCAGUAUAUAUCAUUCACAGGGUAGAAGGGUCUGGAAAAAGUUUGAAGGUUUUGUGUUUUUGUUUAUUAGCAUGCAGAGUUACUUCGAUUCAAUAUUUUGAGAAGGCAUUUGAGGAAAUAUUUGCCGGAAAUUACGCAUUUUGUGAAAAGUUGUUUUUUGAUAUAUGUGUGUGAAGAAAACUCUCACAGUCUAAGAAAAAAAUGUGAUCACUUGUGACUUUUUUUCACAAUAGAAAAUGAUUGCUGUUUCCAAUUGUAUUUUCAGUGAGUGUCAGGGGUAAAAAUGAAAAGUGCAUUUGGUUUGGAAAAAAAAAUGCUAAAAUUAUCGUGAAGGAAUGUGGUUAAAUACUCCGCAGUUGUAAACAUUCGUUAAAGUGGAAAUCUGCACUGUUAAUUUCACGUGAUCGGAUAUUAUUUUUUGGAUGGUCAAGUUGUAUGAUCUGAGCUUUGUGAUUGUGCAUUGGUCGUGGUACAUCGGAUGUUGUCAUUAAUUGUGAAAUGUACAGAUUUUACUGAUUGUAAUUCAGCUUUUUGUCAAAAAGUGUGGUCACAUUUUAUCAGGGUGCUGUUACUUGGCAGAUGAAUGUCGAGCGAGGGCGCUAUAGCAAAAAAACAAGGUUGCCUUUUGCACAUGCACUUUUAACCUUAUUGACAAUGCCAUUGACAUUAUAUAAACAGUUACUGGUGUUUUUGUAAGGGGCAACACUUGUGAGCUUCUGUAUAAAGAGAGUUGCAAAUACAUAACUAAACCAGUUUGGAAAUUACGGUAUUAUAUUUGAAUCAAUCAGUGCAUAUGCAUAAUAAUGAGUAACCAAGAAUUGUUGAUAAUUGUAUUCUGCUUUGCAAGUGGACCUUCUGAUACCUUGGUUCUCAACUUUUGCAAUUCUCUGUAUGCAGAACAUGGUGGUCAAAAUGUUGAGCGCCCUCUAGUGACAUUUGUUGUACAAUUUUUGUGGGAGAUGAAGGACAGCCAGUCACAACUUUUUUGCGAAACCAUUUAAAUGAAAAUAUUCCCAUUGGACUGUUUCCUAAGGAUAUGAUAUAGAUUAUCAUUUGUUAGGUUAAUUUGAAUCGGCUUUUAAAUGAAACUUAAAUGAACAGUAAAACAAAUCUCCAAAAAGUAAUUUAAUUUCAUAAUAGCCACAAUGCAGCCAAAUUACCUUUAGCAUUAUGUACAAUGAUUCUAAGUUAAUUUCAUCUUUAAUAAUCUGUAUCACUAUUUUUGUAUGAAUAAUUUGUUGCACUGUCUGCCUAGCUGCCACUAAAUAGAAAACAAGCAAAAUGAAUAUAAUUUUAAUUCAGAUAAUCCUAGAUUGAUCUUUGACAUUUAUGUACCCGAUCGCCAUAAAGAAGAUCGCUAAUGAGCAAUGGUAGACUAAUGCCUUUAUGUUUCGAAGAUAUAACAUUUGAGAACACAAGGAACAUUGUAGGAAGUGCUUUGUAUCAAAGUUUGGUUCUUAAAGUUUAGUUUGAUCUGCUGAAGUCUUUAAAAAAAAUGAGUGAGAUAUUCUGUUUCUAAGUCAAAUUUAAAAACAAAAAGCAGGCCUCCGAGUCAAGUUACACUUGACAAACAUGAAAUAGUUAAGUUAGUAAAGUUGGAAAACAAUACAGAACCGAUAUAGGCGAAACAGAAUCAUUUUACGUAAAGGUUUCACAUUUUGUUAGUCCUGAAGAGACCCAUUUCAGAUCUGAAGACUAAACAUCUUUUGUAAAUAUAACUGCUCCGAUGUUAUGUUCUGUAAAGUAUUUCUAUUGUUAAGCCUCCCGCCAUCUUGUCUGGCUCCCUGACUCUUGCUGUUAAUAAAGGCUAUAUUUAAAGGA